UUAAGGGAAAUUGUCAUAAUAUUGUUAUUUAAAUUAAAUCUUAAAUAAAUCUGCUUGAAAAUAGAAAGUUUAAUUCGAGCAUAAUUGAUUAAACCGCGGUCGCAUACUAACAAUUCAAAGUAACAGUUAAUACAUAAUUUUAGAAUCCUUAGGUAAAAAUGAUUCUUCAGAGAUAUCUCCAUCACAUUACUAAACAGUGUCUUACAAGACAGUGUGUCAUACAGUCAAAUUAUAAGCAGUCAUAUUGUGAAUUAAAACAUAAAUACAGCACCACUAUCAAAGAAAGGAAGUUUACAGAUCGCCAUGAAUGGGUAGUAGUUGAAAAUAAUAUUGGAACUGUUGGAAUAAGUAGUUACGCACAAGAGUCUUUGGGGGAUGUAGUGUUUGCACAGCUCCCAGAUCCUGGGACAGAGAUCAAGGAAGGAGAUGAAUGUGGAGCAUUGGAGAGUGUAAAAGCAGCUAGUGAAAUUUAUUCACCAGUAAGUGGUACAGUUACAGAGAAAAAUGGUGAUGUAGAAAAAAAGCCAGGCUUAAUAAACACAUCUUGUUAUGACAAAGGAUGGCUGUUUAAAUUGAAGCUCACUAAGCCUGAUGAACUUAAAGAACUCAUGACGGAGGCCCAAUAUGAAAAAUUCUUAAAGACAGAUGUAGAAAAAGAUCAUUAAUAUAUUAUUCAUUAACAAUGAUUUGCAAUUUAGUGGUUAGGUAUCUUAUUUCCCUUUUGAGGCACUCACUGAAUGUUGUAAAAAUUUAAAUAAAGAACUAUAAAAUGUGAUUUUUUACCAAUUGUUCAUCAUAAUUGCAGAAGAAUAAAAGAUGUGUCAUUGGGGAGCAUUUAUAGAACUGUUGUUUAUGUUUUACGACUCUAUAAAGCCUUAGCUUAGUCAAAGCGAAAAAGUUUUAUAUCUGUGUAUAAAAAAAAAUAAGAGCUCUUUUUUUAUUUUAAUUAUAUUUAAAUAUUACCACAACAUUUAUUUAGUAGAUGAAAAUAUGUUAAUAAAUUAUGUUGAGUUUA